CCUGUGCUGACAGGGCGGCAGCAAGUGAGCAGCACGGAUCCACAGGACAGCGCUGGGAAAGACGAGUGUGGUGGGAGGAAGCCUUCUUGACCCUGCCCGACUUGAGCUCUCCAGAUCACACACGCUAACAAACACGCUUGUAAGCACUAAGAGCAAAAAAAGCCACAGGGGUCGGGAAGGCACGGGACGCACGCUGAGAUCCCCUGAGAAGUCGAGUGUGAGCGCGAGCACGGAACCUCCAGCAUGGGCGACGACGCAGUGCAGGCAGAACAGAGCAGCCUGGCCGGCCCCAGCGACAGCCAGGAGCUGCAGGUGCCGAGCCCGAGCCCUGCCCACAGCCUGUCCCCGCUGCCUCCGGUGCCCUUGUCACCUGGUGGUGAGGGUGGCCAGGUGAAUGCCAUCACGGUGCUCACGCUACUGGACAAGCUGGUCCACAUGCUGGACACGGUGCAGGACAACCAGCGCAAGAUGGAGCAGCGGCAGGUGGAGAUCGAGGGUGCAGUGCACGACAUACAGAGCGACCUGACCAAGCUCUCCAAGUGCCACUCGUCCACCUCCAACACUGUGAACAAGCUGCUGGAGAAGUCGCGCAAGGUUAGCUUGCACAUGAAGGAGGUCAACAUGAAGAUGGACAAGCAGGCUGUGCAGGUGAAGAAGCUGGAGGCCAACCAUGCUCAUCUGCUCAGGAGAGACAACUUCAAAGUGCUCAUUUUCCAGGAUGAGAAUGAGAUUCCCUCUAGUGUGUUUGUCAAGGACUCCGUGCGCAACUCUCAAGUUGUGGACCAAGAGGCUCCAGGAGUGGAUGCAAACUAUUGCCAGGAAGAAGGGAUGCAUACCAUCAGCCUUUCUUCUGAUGAGGAGGCUGGACCCAAUGGGGAAGAGGAUCCUGAGGAAGCUCUGGCCACCCGGGAGUUGAGCAGUGAACGUGCUGAGUGGUCUCGUGCAGAGCGCCUGAAGCGCUCCAGCUUGAAGAAGGUUGAUACCCUAAAGAAGGCCUUCUCACGUCAGAGUAUUGAGAAGAAGAUGAACAAAAUCAGUACCAAAAUUGUCUCCCCUGAGCAGCGGGAAAAGAUUAAGAAGAGCUUCACACCCAACCACCCGAAGAGCCCCAGCUCCAGGAGCUCCUCAUUCAAAGUGUCUGCACUCACCUUCAACGUAAAGAAGGAGCGGAGUGGGGAAGCUUCACCUACGACUGCAUCUGCAGGACCUAAUGGAAGCACAGAUGAGGGCCACCCUAUCAUCAAAGCAGAAUCCCACCCGCCGUCAUCACCGGAAGAAGUGAAGGCAACCAUCCUGUUGCAUCAUGAUGAGGAUCACCCCACAAGUUACUCUGCAUGUAGCUUGGAGGGUGAGUUAUCCAUCACAGAAAAUGGCAACACUGAAGAGGGCUUGUCCACCACUCUGCAGCAACCAGAUCAGGACAAGGAAGAAGAGCCAGAAGUCAAAGAGGAUGUGGAGGCCCCCAAGCAAAAGGAGAGUCACGUGGAAGGAGUGGUCCAGUCUGAGGGGCUUUCUGUGGAGUAAUUUUCCCAAUGUCCCUCCUGCCCCCUUUUUCCUCUAGCACCUUUAUACUACCCCCCCCCCCCCCCCCCAAGCAGCACCCAGCAGCCUUCAUCACAGAUCUAGAACAGCUUGCUAUUCUCUACACAACCUCACCUCUCAAGGCACCAUAUACUUAGUGUGCCUGGUGCUUCUGUUCCUGUCAAAGUCAAAUCUGACUAAUACCCACUGUUCAUCAAAACAAGCAAAUACAUCUAUGUCCAUGGUCCUCCACUCCCAAACCUUUGAAGCUGUACCAGAUACUUCUGAGUUUUCUGGCAACAAAAAGCAUGUGAUUUCUCAGCCAACUGUCAAAAAAUGUAGGGUUUUGACAAUGCCAGAAAGAUACACACUUGGAAUCCCUGUGCUUCUCCUACUGCUGCCAGCUGAAUGGAGGAGAGAACUGCAUGUUCUGCCUUGUCCUUUUCCAACAUAAUGUACUUCAUCUUACCCUAGUGUACUACUAUGACCACCAUACAGCAAGACUCCAUGAAGUGUAUUUUAAAAGGGCAUUUGCCCAAUUUUACACCUUUCCGUCAGAAAACUGUUAUCUCAAGUUGAAUGGGAAAGGUAACGUAGUGCGACCAGAUGUGGAAUGCACCACCACACACCUCAAGGUCUCAUGAUAAGGUCCAUCUUGAGUUGGUUAACGUAGCCUCAUACAUUGUUUAAGAAAGCCUUCUGCUGCAAUGUAGUGGCAUUCACUGCAUGAUCCACAUAGUCUGUAUCUUCAAGUCUUAGAUGGGAAACAUGUUAGACAGCCUCUGCCUCACACUGCAAAAGGUAAAUGAUGUAGCAAGACCUGGGCCAUCUCCAAAUGUUUUAUUAAUUCCCAUACUCAAAACUGACUUAGUUUUUUUCUUCAGUUUUGUAAGGCUUCUGUUAUUUGCAUGACCAUUGUGCAUCUUGACAGUUCAGAAGAAAAACAAAUUCCUGUUAUCUCAAAAUACAGCAAACAUGUAACUUUGAUAGACUCAAAAUACAGUAAACAUUUAACUUUGAUAGACAUCUUGCUUUUGGAAGAGUUCACUGGCAGGCUUUUUUGACCUGUUGAUCCUUCCUGCACAGUACUGAGCACAUGUGCAAAACCUGCUGGAUCUUAAAAGCAUUGCACAUGCUGCCUAUUGAUGGAUCGGUGAAGAGCCAGACAUGCCUGUUGAUGGUGUGCCUAAAAAAUACCAUGGAUGCAUUAAAAAUUCAGAAAAGCACAAGAAUAUAUACACCUUGGAGUUCAAACUGAAUCAUCUGUUCUUAACUUAUGGCAAUUACAUCACUGCAGGUAUUAUACCUCAUGAAUACACAUACAUACACAUGGCGGAGUAUGAGGAAAGAUGCAUCUCGGGAGUUCUAUAUGUUGCAGUGUCAGGAGGACAGAACAACAGCUGUGUCCCUGAAACCACUGCAGGUAAUAGAGAAUGGCUAAUUCCCCAAAUAGGGGUGAUUAAUGGGAGACUGACAGAUCAGCAAGCAUGGCAGCAAGACCGUGUAGGUCAAUGAUCCUGUUGGGCCAGUGCAUUCUGCACUCUAAAUAAGUACAGAGGGAAUGGAGCAGAAAGGAAAUCUCUGACUAAUGACUCAUCAAGAGGCAAUUUGUCAAGCCAGUUUUGCUAUGAAUUUGGCAGAGUGGCUGUUCAGCAUGGGUGAGGCACUGGUUUUAAAUUUGACGGUCUUUGAGGUGCUAUACUUUUAAGAGUAAGAGGAGGGUGGACAGGUGGGCUCCACUGAAGCAGCCUCUGAGUCAAAGCUGAAAUAUCAUUCUGGGUCAGGGUGAGAUUGAUAGGUGGGAUUAAGUGAAAGGGAGUAAAUGGGUGUGUUGCUUUUCUUUUCCUACUGGGAGGGCAAUUUCCCAAAGCUUGAAGAGAUAGAAAUCAGCACAAAAAAAUUUACACAGCCAAGAAGUUCCACAGCAGGAUGUCCUUGCUGUAGAGUCGGCAUAGAGUUUUUUCUCUCUACCGCUGACUGACUUCCAAGGUGGUGCAUGGGAUGACAAAAACAGACUCUGCUGUAUUAUUUGCUAGUACCAUAUGCCUUAAACCACGUCCUGUGGCACCUGGCAAGCUGUAGUGGAGAGGGUGAAGUUGAUCUACAAGAGCAAUGCAGCACAAUCCAACCACUGUAAUUCUAAGUGUGAGGGUAAGGAUGUAAAACAGGAAAGACAUGCAGCAUUUAAUGUCUUACUUUUAGAAGAUUGCUUGCUGAAUAAAUUUGCAGGAUUGAGAAGUGACAAAAUAUUUCGUCCAGUUUUCAUUAAGUUGUUCUCUUUUUAAACUACUGACUUUCAUGGAGUGGGAUUCUUUAAAAUGCAUAUUACUGUGCUCACCUUUGGUAGAGGUUUAAUUAACUUGUGAAAAUGGUUUGAGAUUUUGUUAAAAGAUUUUAGGCUUUGAUUUUUUCCUAUGAAUGUUGAGGUCUGUAAUGUUACCAUGUUGCCAGCCACUAACAAUGCUGAUAUCAAAGUAAUUUGUUUAUGCCAGUAUGAUUAUAUUUUAUCCAAAGAAAUGCCUGAUGCCACGACUCUUCCUUCAUAGCAGACAGCAUAUAAAACUAUUUUCUGUGAGAUAUGAAACUUGUGUACCUUCUUGACCUUACAAAGUAACAUAAAUAAUUAAUUAGA